AUGGAUAAAUAAUAAAUAUAAAAAUGCCUCUUUUGCCAAUAGCAAACUAGUCUUUGUAAAUUAAUUACUAUAGUACUUCAUUUAUUAAUAUUAGGCUCUUUAAUACAAAUAUGAACACAAAAUAUAAAUUACAAUUGAUGAUUUUGUGGAUAGCAGUAAAAAGAGAGAAAUUCUAUAAUUUUAUGAAAAAAUCUUUGAUCAUGCUAAUGAAUAUUUAGAAAAGCUAUUUUCAAGAGCAGAAUAAACAAAAAAGCUUAAAACACUUUUUGAGUAUUAUAAAUAUUAAAUUCAUACUCCAAGAUUACAUAUGAGAAAACUGGAAAAAACAAUUAGAGAUUAUUAAAAGCAUAAAAAGUAAAUAUCUACAUCAUAAUCAAGAAACUUUCAUUACAAUAAAGUUAAAUAACAACUAGGUCUAAAUCAAAAGGAUCAGUAAGCUUUAAGAAUUAAAACAGAACCAGAUAAAAAUAAUAAUAACGUAAAUAAUCUAGUAUUAUUUGAUUUGACAUAAGAAUAACCAUCAAAAUCAGUGAUUGAACUCUUAAAUCUUAUGAAUAAUCAAAAUAAAAAGAAGGUUCAUUUUGAAAAUCAAAUCAAAUAGAUUUCUUGUAUGACUCCUUCAAUUUAAAAUUCAGCGAGAAAUAAAAUACUAUAAAAAUAAUUAAAAGCCAUAUUAUAAUCUGAAGUAAUUCCAAAAUAUUAGAAUACACCUGUUAGUAAGAGAUCAGUAGUAUCAUUAAAAACAUCAACUUUAAAAUCAAGUACUUUUCAUUCAUCUAAAUCUCCUAUUAUUCAAAUAAAUAAAAUAGCAAUCAAAAUGAAAUCCUCACCUUCAAUUUAAUUAGCAAAAAGCCAUAGUUAGAGCAAAAUACAUGUUAGUCCCAAAUUAAAGAAUCUAAAGGUCCUGUUAUAACAUAAAUCAUGA